AUGGAAUCGCUGAUUACUUUUUCCGAUGUUCUGAAAGUUAGCAAUGUUGUUAGGAAUAUUGCUUUUAGCUUGAACCCUGCUGAUUAUAUUUCCUUUAGGCAGAUAAACAAGAAGGUGUACCACGAUCAUUUGACAGGAGCUACAGAUAAGAAUUACUGGCUACAUAGGGUAAAAUGUCUAGGACUAGAACCAGAACCUGGUUAUAGGCUUCCUAGCGAUGUCAAAGUAAACGCAGCUAAUAUUGGAGUCACUUGUACUAAAUUCGAUCCCAGGGAUCCGAAAGUUGCAUACAAAUUGUUUUACAGAUUGCUACAUCCAUUUGUAAAGAGGUUAUACCACAAUGAUGUGGCGAACUUUUUUCCGGAGGAGUAUAAUGAGCCGCUCACGCAGGCGAAGAUUAUAAAAGUCCUUGAAAAAUACAUUAAUUCCUAUAGCAAUGAUUGGCCCUAUCACAGAAAAGUUCAAGAAAAUCUGAAAAUAUUUAAGGAACUAUUCACAACAAGUGUCAUAAGGGAACUAGAUCUUAAUUUUGAUAAAAAAAAUUUCUCUUAUUGUUCACAAUUCGUGGAAGUUCUUUUGCUUCUUGACCAUGAAGUAAGCGCUGUUGAUUUCUUCAAAUCUAAGAAUGAAUUUCCUGAAAGCAUUAAACUUCCGGAGGAAUUAUUUGACGAAAAUGAUGAACUUCGUUAUGAUCAAUUAGAACUAGCAUUGGAUACAUUUACUCAAUUUCUCAAUGAAAAAAUAUCGAUAACUGACCAACUUUUUCAAGACAGAUAUCCUGUUAUAGUAUUAUACACAGAAAACUUUGUUCAAGAUCAUCUUAUUCCCUAUUUCCAAAUUCAAAUAUCAAGCAGUAACACUCCUGAUGCCAAAAAUAAACGUCUUAUGUCUCUCCCCACAAUAUACAGUAAAUUAUCUUCUCAUUUCGUGAAAAAACUUCGUGAUAACGUUAAUGCAGGUACCUCUUAUCAAAGGUUUGUGAGCGACUUCAUACAAUUGUACUUAGAGCCGGAAAUCCAGAAGUUCUUUGAUACUAUGGUCCAAGAUUUCACUACAACCACUGAAGAUUUGCUUAAAGAUUACGAAGAACAAUCGCAGCGUAAACAGAAGGCAAAAGAUGAGGCGUUAUUUGAAUCUCUAAAGAACAGUAAUAUGACGAACGAAGAGUUAUUAGAUGGUAAAACCAACUUCCUUAAAUCGUUUACAAAAAUAUUCAAAAUCAACAACAACACUCUGAAAUCCCAGGCGGAACAAGAUUUAGAAGUGUCUUAUACAUUACAAAAGAUGAAUAAUAAAUUACAAAAUAUCACUUCUUUGGUUAGUCUUGAUUUGUGUUAUAAAAUCAUUCAGGCUUGUAGAGAACAUAUGGAAAAAAUUUACCUCUUUAAAGAUGUAGAAGUGUUUGAGACAGUGGUAAAGUUAAAAUGCCAAGAAAUGUACAAAAUUUUAAUGUUUUUAUUAAGCGAGAAGCAUAUAAAACUUGGCUUUGAAACUGCUCUUCAAUUGUUAAAAGACUAUGACGCCAAUGAAACCAAAUUAGCCUCCCUUAGCCCAAAUGGAACAUUUGAUGAUGAUAACAAAGUGGAACCCCUAGUUCAGUUUACAGAGUUGAUUAAUAUUGGGGAUAUUAUCUUGCAGAUGUUGUCGAUUUUUUAUAAUAAUGAGUUGAUAGCCAAAGGGAUAAUUGAUAAAAAUAAAGAUAUAUUUAAUGAUGUUGUUCACACUAAAAAGGUUUUCGAGACAAUGCUCGAUGAUUAUGUUGCCAAUGGGUUAAACAUCGGUAUCGAUAAAUUAAUGGAUCAGGUUGAAUUUACGUUCAAUACUAUGCAAUUUCCCGAUGAUUUCAAUCCUGAUCCUAAGGAUGCUUCCAGAAGAGAAAUAGCCCCAUCUAAGUGCGCUAUUGCAAAUGUGGAACUUCUUUCUGAACAUUGUUUUUUAUUAACAGGUGCUACAGACAAAGGAACUAUAGAUGUUUUUCAACAGGAAAUUGGCGAGAGAUUCUUUGACGAAGUAGUGAAAAAUAUUAAAAAGCAUCUUAUAUCAGAAGAUGGUGCUGUAUUUUUGAUAGCAGAUCUAAACUACUAUCAUGAUUUCAUUUCCAAAAAACUAAAACAGAAAAACAUUACCCCCUUUUUCCUUGGACUGAAGUCUGUAGGGCAACUCUAUUUAAUUUCAGGCAAGGACUCUAAAGAGCUGGGAAAGUUAAUUUGUGAUGUAGGUAAAUUCCAAGGUGUUUUUACACAAGAGGAAAUCUAUGAAUUGGUUCAAAGGAGGACAGAUUGGUUCAAGGUCAGGAAAGAUGUCGAAAAAGUUAUGUACGGUCUUGGCGUUUCUGAUUGUGUUAUAUGUUAG